UUCCUGUUGUUUAUUUCUGUCUGAAAUUGUAUUGUUGGGGUUCUAGCUUCAAAGUUUAAUUCUUUAUUCAGUUGGUAAGGUUGUAUGAAGUAACUUUUUGAAGAAGAAAUCAGAGAUCUGGUGAAGUAAUUCUCGCCAAAAAUAUUGAAAAUGUUGCUAUUCAAUGUUGUGGAUGAGAAUUACUUGAAAAGUCAACUGAACAAAUUGGUUCAUGCAAGUUAAGGAUCUACUUCCCUAGCCUGUAGGACCAUGUUCAUGCUUCAAAAGCUGAAUUGCUCGUGGUCACUGGUGGCAACUAUUGUUUCGAUUGUCGCAUUGGUUUCAGUAGUCCAAUUGUUCGUGUUUCCUACGGUGCCUUCGUAUGAUUACUUGGGAUACAAGCAAGUCAAAGACUCGUGUAUACCGACAACUAAUACUGAAAAAACUAAUGGUUUGCAGCAGUCUUUAAAAGCUCGGUUUCCAGCUGACUUGCAUAAGGCGGUUGUUUAUCGCAGGGCACCAUGGAAGGCUGACAUCGGUCGAUGGUUGUCUGGUUGUGAUUCAGUGGCCAGUCCAAUAAAAGUUCAUGAGGAAAUCACUGGGAAGAAAUGUAAAGAUGGGUGUAGUGGUCAAGGCGUUUGUAAUCAUGAAUUUGGUCAAUGCCGUUGCUUCCAUGGAUUCAACGGAGAUGGAUGCUCUGAAAGACAAGAACUUAGUUGCAAUUACCCUGCAACAGAGGAGCUACCAUACGGUCGAUGGGUUGUGUCCAUCUGCUCUGCACAUUGCGACACGACACGAGCCAUGUGCUUCUGUGGUGAAGGAACCAAAUACCCGAAUCGUCCUGUUGCUGAGUCAUGCGGGUUUCAAAUAUACUUACCUUCUGAACUUGGUGCACCAAAGGCCGUUAACUGGUCAAAAGCUGACCAUGAAAAUAUCUUCUCAACAAACAAAAGCGUGCUUGGAUGGUGUAAUGUAGAUCCGGUUGAAGCUUAUAAUUCGAAGGUGAAAUUCAAAGAAGAGUGUGAUUGCAAAUAUGAUGGUCUUUGGGGGCGGUUUUGUGAGACACCUGUGUUAUCUUCUUGUAUUAACCAGUGUUCCGGUCAAGGUCAUUGUCGCGGUGGCUUCUGUCAGUGUGAUAAUGGGUGGUAUGGAGUGGAUUGUAGCAUUCCAUCUGUUCAUUCAUCAAUUAGAGAUUGGCCACAGUGGCUUAGUCCCGCCCAAAUUAGCAUUCCCGACGACAAGCCUGCUGUCAAAUUAAAAGCCGUGGUGGAAAAGAAAAGGCCACUAAUCUAUGUCUAUGAUUUACCACCAGAGUUUAAUAGUCUCCUGCUUGAGGGUCGUCAUUUUAAGUUCGAGUGCGUAAAUAGGAUUUAUGACCAGGAUAAUGCUACUGUGUGGACUGAACAGCUAUACGGUUCUCAGAUGGCAAUGUAUGAAAGCAUGUUAGCAAGCCCGCAUCGGACAUUAAAUGGCGAAGAAGCAGAUUAUUAUUUUGUGCCGGUUCUUGAUUCAUGCAUCAUAACUCGCGCUGAUGAUGCACCCCAUUUGAGCAUGGAGAAACAUAGGGGAUUAAGAAGCGCUCUCACGCUUGAGUUUUACAAAAAAACACAUGACCAUAUUGUGCAGCAAUAUCCCUACUGGAACCGUUCAUCGGGAAGAGAUCAUAUCUGGUCAUUUUCGUGGGAUGAAGGCGCUUGUUAUGCCCCGAAGGAGAUAUGGAGCAGUAUGAUGUUGGUCCAUUGGGGUAAUACAAAUUCAAAGCACAACCAUUCAACAACUGCUUAUUGGGGUGACAAUUGGGAUGUUAUUUCUUCAAAUGAUAGGGGGAAUCAUUCAUGUUUUGACCCACAAAAAGAUCUUGUGAUUCCUGCAUGGAAACGCCCGGAUGUCACAUCCCUAAGCCUAAAGCUUUGGGCUAGGCCUCGCGAGGACCGGAGAACAUUGUUUUACUUCAAUGGAAAUUUGGGGCCAGCUUAUGAACGAGGACGGCCUGAAUCUACAUACAGUAUGGGUAUAAGGCAAAAACUAGCGGAAGAAUUUGGAUCUUCCCCAAACAAACAAGGUAAGCUUGGGAAACAACACGUUGAAGAUGUGAUUGUGAUCGCGAGUCCUUCUGAAAGUUACCAUGAGGAUCUGGCAAGCUCAGUGUUUUGUGGAGUUAUGCCUGGAGAUGGAUGGAGUGGUAGAAUGGAAGAUAGUAUUUUGCAAGGUUGCAUUCCCGUUGUUAUCCAGGACGGUAUCUUUUUGCCAUGGGAGAACUUGUUUAACUAUGAGAGUUUUGCUGUUCGAAUUCGUGAAGAUGAAAUACCUAACCUCAUAAAGAUCCUCCGGGGGUUCAAUGAGACUGAAGUAGAGUUCAUGUUGGCGAAUGUAAAGAACAUUUGGCAAAGAUUUUUGUAUCAGGAUGCUAUUUUGCUCGAAGCUAAAAGACAGAAGUCGGCAUUUGGGUACGUCAAUGAUUGGGCUGAAAAAUUGUCUGAACUAAGUGAGGACGACGUUUUCGCAACAUUCAUACAGGCAUUGCAUUACAAGUUGUACAACGACCCUUGGAGAAUGCAAAACAGGAACCUAACAAAGGAAACCGGUUUACCCGAAGAAUGCUUACCCAAAGUAUAGUGAAGAGUAUAUAGUAUACAACAUUGAGCCCAUCAUCAAGACAAUUGUACAAUCAUAUGUUUUAUUCAGGUUCCUUUUUUUUGUGUUAUUUUAUAGUUUUGAGUUUGAGUAAAUGCAAAGGUCAAUUUCUUUGAUUUGGUAGAGACCAUUUGAAAGUUCAACUCUAAUAGGAGGUAGGUUGAAAAACACUUAUUUUUGUUGGAUAUAAUAUUAUAAUGUUCAAUUGCCAAUUAAAAUUC